GUUUGAGGUCACCAUGUCAGGUCGCGGCAAACAAGGCGGCAAGGCUCGCGCCAAGGCCAAGACGCGCUCGUCGCGGGCCGGCCUGCAGUUCCCGGUGGGCCGCGUCCACCGCCUGCUCCGCAAGGGCAACUACGCCGAGCGGGUCGGGGCUGGCGCGCCCGUGUACCUGGCGGCCGUGCUCGAGUACCUGACGGCCGAGAUCCUGGAGCUGGCGGGCAACGCGGCGCGCGACAACAAGAAGACGCGCAUCAUCCCGCGCCACCUGCAGCUGGCCAUCCGCAACGACGAGGAGCUCAACAAGCUGCUGGGCCGCGUGACCAUCGCGCAGGGCGGCGUCCUGCCCAACAUCCAGGCCGUGCUGCUGCCCAAGAAGACCGAGAGCCACCACAAGGCCAAGGGCAAGUAGUGGUCUAUAUAACCAUUUACUGUAGCUCGAGUAAGUCGAGUCCAAACCAAAGGCUCUUUUCAGGGCCACUUAUAUUUUUUGGAAAAGAACUUUAACAUGUGUUUUAUAUACUAAAUGAAAAGAGAAACUGGAACGUAGAAAACUUGAGCCAUUCUCAUCUAUCCUGUAUCCCGGGUUGAAAGCAGAACAGUACAUUAAAGCCUAGGCCUGCGAUGAACGAUAGGUUUUCCCCCAUUUGAGAAUUGGCGGUAAUUGGAAAACACUCCUUGCAUACCUUGUUUAGUUGUUUACCUAGUCAGUGAGCGUCCACAGGGAGCUAUUAGCUUUUGUCAAUUAAGUUUUCUGGUGCACAAAAGCCUCCCUGGCUGAGUUUAGAAGCCGGCCACCGGCGGCGUCAAGAAGCCGCACCGCUACCGGCCCGGCACGGUGGCCCUGCGCGAGAUCCGGCGCUACCAGAAGUCCACCGAGCUGCUGAUCCGCAAGCUGCCGUUCCAGCGGCUGGUGCGCGAGAUCGCGCA